AUGCCAGAAAAUCCUGUAAUGGAUAAGCAGCAGGUGCUGCAGAUUCUGGAGCGUCUGCUAAUGAAACUUCAUGAGAGAGGAGACACUUCACAGAGUGAAAAUCUGGCUUUUCUGUAUAAUACACUCAAGAAUCCCUUAUUCAAUCAUAUGCUGACUCUUCAGCAAUCAAUCAAGCAGCUGAAGGAACAACUGACUUACCUACCUCCAGAUCGAUCAGUGGAUUUUGAUUUCACUAGAAGAGGUUUGCUGGUGUUUGAUGCAGACCGCCAUUCUCUUGCUAAUGGUAAUCUCUGUGUGACUUACAACAAUAAUAAUCAGGUGGAUCUUGUGACUCCAAAACUUGGAAUGGAUGACUUUAAUAUGAUAAUUCAAAGAAUGGCAAAGGGCAGGCAUAUAGAGCAGAUAGAUAUAGAGAAACCUUUUAAUGGAGGCCUUGGAUUUAGUGUGGUUGCUUUAAAAAACCAAAGUGUUGGAGAAGCUGGUAUCUUUGUCAAGGAAGUUCAGCCAGGAAGCAUAGCAGCCAGGGAUCAAAGAUUAAAGGAAAAAGACCAAAUAUUGGCCAUUAAUCAUACUCCGCUGGAUCAGAAUAUUUCCCAUCAGCAGGCAAUUGUAUUGCUCCAACAAUCCAUGGGUUCCUUACAUUUGAUUGUGGCCAGAGAGCAAAACAGCGAGACCACAACUCCCUUAAGCAAUGCUAAUUUACCUCAAAUGAUCAGUUGGGGUCACAUUGAGGAAGUUGAACUCAUUAAUGAUGGCUCCGGGUUAGGCUUUGGAAUUGUAGGAGGAAAAUCAGUUGGUGUAGUUGUAAGGACUAUUGUUCCUGGAGGACUAGCAGAUAAGGAUGGUAGACUCAGAACUGGUGAUCACAUCUUGGAAAUUGGUGGAACUAAUGUACAAGGAAUGAGUAGUGAACAGGUUGCUCAAGUCUUGAGAAACUGUGGAAACUGUGUUAAGAUGGUGGUUGCCAGAGAUCCCACAUGUGAAAUAAAUGUAACACCACCAACACCUGCUGCUCAACCUGUUGGUGCCUUGGCCUUUUUCCAAGGUGAACAAUUGAACACAGAAAAUGAGAUUCAUGAAGUUCAGCUGACUAAAAAGGAUGGACAGAGCCUUGGUAUAACAAUUGUUGGCUAUUCAGGAAUUUCUGAAACAGGUGAGCUAUGUGGAUUUUUUGUCAAAAACAUAAUACCUGGCAGCGCUGCGGAACACAGUGGCCAAAUAAAAGUCAAUGACAAAAUUAUUGCUGUUGAUGGAAUUAAUAUUCAGAACUAUACUAAUCAAGAAGUUGUGGAAGCAUUGCGCAAUACGGGACCAAUUGUACAUCUAACAUUACUUCGGAAAAAACCACCGUAUGCUGCUUUCACUUCACAAAGAGGACUAGAUACGGUUCAGCCAGAUGUAACAACCUUAACCUUGGCUGGUGUUGUGGAGACUGAAACAAAUUUAGAUAGUGAUGAAGAGCCUCAAGAACAAAAAGACAACUCUGAAAAUGAACGCAAGCAAAAGCUACAAACAGUUGGAGAAACCCCAGAACGAACAGAAAAUAAGUUGAAAUCCAAGUGGGAAAAACUACUGGGACCUGAUUUUGAAGUUAUGGUGGUCACCAUGGACAUGCCAAUUGCGGAUGAUGCUGAACUACAGAAAUAUUCAAAGCUGCUACCUAUUCACACAUUAAGGUUAGGAGUUGAAUUAGAUACAUUUGAAGGACAUCAUUACAUUUCUUCAAUCGCUGUAGAUGGACCAAUUGCUAAACUUGGUGUACUGCAGCUGGAGGAUGAACUUUUAGAGGUAAAUGGUGUCCAACUCUAUGGAAAAUCCCGCCGCGAAGCUGUUUCUUUUCUUAAAGAAGUUCCACCUCCAUUUAGCCUGGUUUGCUGUCGGCGCCUGUUUGAUGAUGGCACAGAAUCUUUUGUUGAUGAGCCCACCUCCAUUAUUACCUGUUCUCCAGAACCAAAGGUGAAAUCCAGAGGCCCAGAGGACGAAGAUGAGGAUAUUGAUCUAGCAUUGUGGUCCUCUGAAGUCAAAGUGGUUGGACUUGAAAAAGAUUCAAAAACAGGCUUAGGAUUCAGUAUUUUAGACUACCAGGACCCCUUGGAGCCAACAAAGGCAGCAUUUGUGGUCAGCUCACUGGUGCCAAAUGGUGUAGCAGAACGUGGUGGCGAACUUUUCCCUGGUGACCGUCUGGUCUUUGUAAAUGACGUAUGUUUGCACAAUAUGACUCUAGGAGAAGCUGUAGAAGUGUUGAAGUCUGUACCACCAGGCAAUGUUAACCUUGGAAUCUGCAAACCUUUGGCGGGAGAAAAUAAACAGCCUGAAACUUCAUCUUUUGUGGAUACCAGGAGUAUUACCAGAAAUUCUUUAUCUCAAGAACCAGUCAAUGAUAUUGAGUCAUCAAUACUUCUUGAAGCUCCUAAGGACUUCAGAGAUGCAUCUUUCUCUAAGGAAGAACUUGUUGAUGAACCAAUCCUGCAUUUGGGGAGACAAUUUCAACUUGCUCAGAAUGAAACAGAUAUCAAUAAAGAGUCAUGGGAAAUGCAUGAAUUUUUGAAACCUGCAGUAGAGCAUGUGGGUGAAGAACGAGAGAUGCUAGUGGAUGAUGAAUACAAUGUGGAUGAGGACUACUAUAGAUACAUGCCAUUGGAUAUAAAGGAAAUUGAAAUAGACUUUGAAACUGCAAGGCAAUGGGCAGAAGAAAUCGAACCAGUUAAAGCAGCAACACCAAGUUCUGCAGUGGAUCUUAGUGCUGAAGAGACUGAAGAAGGAAUUAGUAUCAAUUCAAUAAUCCUUGGUGAUUUAGUGGAAUACAGCCAGCAAAAUGCUAUACUGGAAGGUGCCAAGAUACAAAAUGACCAUGAAGAUAUUUUCUGCAUUGAUGAUGAUACUGAACGAAAUAAAUUGGAGGCUGAAGACUGUAAAAUCUCAAGCACCCAGGAUUCUGCCCUCCUUAGAGUGGGGCUGUCGAGUGAACUGCCUGAGAGAGAAGAAGGAGAAGGAGAAGAAACUCCAGUUUUUAGCCACUGGGGAGCUCCCCAAACUGUUGAAAUUUUCCGAGACCCCCAGGAGCCUCUUGGCAUCAGUAUUGUGGGUGGCCAUACAGUUAUAAAGCGCUUAAAGAAUGGCGAAGAGCUUAAAGGCAUUUUUGUCAAACAAGUCUUGGAAGACAGCCCAGCAGGAAGAACAAAAGCAUUGAAAACUGGAGAUAAAAUACUUGAGGUGUCUGGAACAGACCUACAAAAUGCCACUCACGAAGAAGCUGUGGAAGCUAUCAAAAAUGCAGGCAACCCCAUUGUUUUUGUUGUUCAGAGUCUGUCUACCCUUCCAAGGAUAGUUUCCAUAGGAAAUCCCAAGAAAAAUAAAGAUUUCAAAGAACAAGACACAUCUGGAGAAGCUGGAAAGAAGAAAGGUGGGGCUCCACCACCUAUGAAGUUGCCACCACCCUACAAAGGGCCAACAAGAUCAAGUUCUGAGGAAACUGAAGAAGAGGAAGAUGACAGUUACACAGAGGAGAAAAUCCGGCAAAGAUAUGCAGAUCUGCCUGGGGAGUUGCACAUUAUUGAGCUUGAGAAAGAAAAAAAUGGACUGGGACUCAGUCUUGCUGGUAACAAGGAUAGGUCUCGCAUGAGCAUCUUUAUUGUUGGUAUCAGUCCAGAUGGCCCUGCAGGGAAAGAUGGAAGAAUGCGCAUAGGAGAUGAACUUUUAGAGAUAAAUAACCAGAUCUUAUAUGGAAGAAGUCAUCAGAAUGCUUCUGCAAUAAUAAAGACUGCACCAUCAAAAGUCAAACUGGUAUUUAUACGCAAUGAUGAUGCAUAUAACCAGAUGGCUGUGGCUCCCUUCCCAUUACCCUCUAGCUCCCAGUCUCCCAUUGAGGAUGUCAGUAGUAAGACUGAAAAGCAAGUGACAGAGAACCAGCAAAUUCUGGUAGAGAAGCCAUCAGAAAAUUUUCGUAACCAAUUAAAGCAAUCAAAGCCUUCAACAAUAAUCCCCAUCAGUUUACACGACAUAUCUUUGGCACCGCCAUCAUUUUUGUCUCCAGAGACAGAAUUCACCAACAGAAACAUCCUUCCACCCCCUUUGGCAGAUCCAGCAACAUGCCCAAUCAUUCCUGGGCAAGAAAUGGUUAUAGAAAUAUCCAAGGGGCGAUCAGGACUAGGUCUCAGUAUUGUAGGAGGAAAAGACACACCACUUGAUGCAAUUGUAAUUCAUGAAGUUUAUGAAGAAGGGGCAGCUGCUAGAGAUGGUCGACUUUGGGCUGGUGAUCAAAUUCUUGAGGUUAACGGUAUAGACUUGAGAAAUGCUAGUCAUGAAGAUGCUAUCACAGCCUUGAGACAGACUCCUCAAAAAGUACAACUGGUUGUAUAUAGAGAUGAAGCUCAUUAUAAAGAUGAAGAGAAUUUGGAGGUUUUCCAUGUUGAACUGCAAAGGAAAAUGGGCAGAGGCUUGGGACUCAGCAUUGUUGGGAAACGAAAUGGGAAUGGAGUUUUUAUCUCUGAUAUUGUCAAAGGGGGAGCUGCUGACCUUGAUGGGCGACUUAUUCAAGGGGAUCAGAUCUUAUCUGUUAAUGGAGAGAAUGUAAGACAUGCUUCCCAAGAGAUAGUUGCCACCAUUCUUAAGUGUGCUCAAGGGCUUGUACAGUUGGAAAUCGGACGACUGAAAGCUGGUUCUUGGCCGUCAUCACGAAAAACAUCCCAACACAGCCAGAUAAGCCAACACAGUGUUCAUAGCCACUUUCACCCUACAUUUGCUCCAGUUAUCUCCACUCUGCAGAAUUUUGUCAGCACUAAGAGGUCAUCUACUGAUUCCUUUCACAAAAGCUCAGUUGGAGCAGACAUGAACCCAAGGACUGUGGAAAUAGCAAGGGGUCCACAUGAUGCUCUUGGUAUCAGUAUAGCUGGUGGAAAGGGAAGCCCACUGGGAGACAUUCCAAUCUUCAUUGCCAUGAUUCAAGCCAGUGGAGUAGCAGCACGUACACAUAAGCUCAAAGUUGGUGAUCGAAUUGUCAGUAUUAAUGGACAUCCAUUGGAUGGGCUAUCUCACGCUGAUGCAGUUAAUCUGUUGAAGAAUGCUUUUGGGAGCAUUAUCCUGCAGGUUGUAGCUGACACCAAUAUCAGUGCCAUAGCCAGCCAGCUAGAGAGCAUGACUACAGGUACAAAUUUUAACCCACCUACUGAGCACCAUCCUGAAGAUCCAGAAGCACCUCAACCUAAGGUUAUUGUGCUGGAGAAAGGCUCAGAUGGAUUGGGAUUUAGUAUUGUAGGAGGCUACGGCAGUCCCCAUGGAGACCUCCCUAUUUAUGUCAAGACCAUUUUUGCAAAGGGAGCAGCUGCUGAUGAUGGAAGACUGAAGCGUGGUGAUCAGAUUUUAGCAGUUAAUGGAGAAACUCUGGAAGGUGUGACUCAUGAGCAAGCUGUAGCCAUAUUAAAGCUCCAAAGGGGGACUGUAACACUAACAGUGUUGUCAUGAGCUUUGCUGCAACUGUAAUCUGGGCUGGGUGCAAUUAUUCCUAAACCUUGCUAGAGCUGCUGUAAAUCAGUUUAGAGUAUACAGCCCCUGUGUGAGAUGAAAAUCCAACUCUAGCUAACAGUAGCACACAUUAAUUAUGUUGCCUGUGAUUAAAGCCAUUGAAAAAGUUUACUUUGGUUAGUGAAACCAUUAGCUCUACCCUUUCCUCCAUCCCUUCUUUCCUUGGGUGUGCUUCCUAUUUCCUGCUUUUGCCCAUCAUUAAACAUCUAUUAGUAGGAAGUAUAAUCACUGAAACUAAAAUUAGCAUACACACCAGGAAGAAUAUGGCUUAUUGCUGGAUCCCAUCUAAAGAACAAAAAAAAAUGCUGAGUGAUUUUUCAUCUCAUUCAUGGUUUGCUUAUGUUAAUUCUCUUUUUAUCUGUGCCAGAAAACAUUAAAGCAUAAUUCAAUUACUUCUGUUCCAAAUGAUGAAAUAUCAAACCCUCCUAUGGGAAAUUAAUUGUAUAUGAAGUUCUAAUCAUGAAAUGCCAGCAUCCCUGUCUAAUCUCUCUGGGUAGAUAUAAGUAACUUAGUUGUAAUUAUGAUGAGUCAAUUUUCUUCCUCUCCUCUGAUUGUACAUUAGUCCUGUUUGAUGUUAUCUAGUUCCUGAACUAGUCUUCUGUUGGACUGACUAGAAUCGUCUCGAAGGUCUGUCUGAAGGGAGCUGGUUAAGCAAUAGGAAUGGUUUGUACAAUGUAAACUUAACUCAGUGGAGGCAGAAGAAAGCACCUUAAUUUGUAAUAGGGCUACUUGUUAUUAUUUAUAUUGAUAACACUGCAAUGAAGAGUGAAGGGAACCUGGUGGAUUAAGUAUCUCUUGGUCAGUUUUAUGGUACAAUGUCUCAUCAAUACAGAAAGUGAUGAAUUUCUGUCUAAACCCUGCAACUUCUGUAUAAUAUAUGUUUACUGCAAUAUAAUUGAAAUGCAAUAACAUUCAACUUGACUGUGUAGAAUAAAGCAUAUGUGCUAAAUUGGUCAAAGGUGAGGAAGAAAUAGUCAAAGAAAGUGUGAUUUGUCUUGUUAAGAAUGUCGUCUUUUGUUUUGUGUGCUAUGUUUGGAUCUAGAUAAUCACAAAGUGCAUUGAGUUAUCGGAAUGCCUUGUGGGUAAUCCAUGAAUAGUGCCUGAAAGCAACUUUAUAAGAAUUUUGAAAUGGAAUUCACUCCCAGAUUUCAGUGUGCAGAUUAAUAGUGAUAUUUACAUGAAAUGCCAAGAAUAUGUCUCAUUAAGAAAACUGAAGAACUCUUUUAAGUUCUCCAUUUUAAGAAUGGAGGCAUUCUGUUUCUCAAAAUAAGCUGAUAUUAGACUUCAGUUCUAUAUUCAGCUUGAAGAAGCAGCUUAUUUUGAGUUGCAUUAAGGAUUGUUGCCAAAACAUCACAAAUAUUCUGUUCAGGCUUGACCAAAAAAAAUCAUCAUUGGAUUUUUUUUGUAACCAUUCUUUCAAAUAGGAAAGAAUCCUUUUCCUUCUACGCACAUUUUUCUGAUACAGUGAAUGUAGAGCUUUUGUGCUGAGAUAAUUUGCACUUCUUGAAGCUCAAAUGGAAAGAUUACAUGAUUGCUGCUUGUAAUUUGCACUCUUCUGUCACAUAUAGUACUGCCAAAAACUGCACUGCAAUCUGCAGAUAGACUGGUGACUAUGUGGGCAUGUUGGGGAUGGGUGCUAUAUAUCACAGACCAAGGGCACAGCUUGGUGGGAUGUUGUCCUGAGAUGAAUCCAACUGAAGCAAAUAUAAGCUGUGUAAAAGUAUGAUUGGCCUUCCACAGCAAAAUGGACUAGUAGAUUGUGCCCUGUGUCUUUAAGUCUGCUUUGUGCUUUUGGGGAGGGGGGAUUAUGGGCUUCUGGCUGUGAAGGGGGAGGAAGGCAGAAAAACAUAUUGUAUGUUUAUGUAUAUUGGUAAAAUAAGAUGUUUUAUGACUUCCAAAGAUUCUAAAUAAAAUUUACUUGCAUAUG